AUGGCUGACGACGACGUUGCGGCUCUUGUUAUUGACAAUGGAUCAGGAAUGUGCAAGGCUGGCUUUGCCGGGGAUGAUGCACCACGUGCCGUAUUCCCAUCAAUCGUCGGUCGUCCACGCCAUCAAGGCGUCAUGGUCGGCAUGGGUCAAAAGGAUUCGUAUGUAGGUGAUGAGGCUCAGUCAAAGCGUGGUAUCUUGACACUGAAAUACCCGAUCGAGCACGGUAUUGUCACGAACUGGGACGAUAUGGAGAAGAUCUGGCAUCACACGUUCUACAACGAGUUGCGAGUGGCACCUGAAGAGCAUCCUGUGCUUCUCACCGAGGCACCGCUCAACCCGAAGGCGAACAGGGAGAAGAUGACUCAAAUCAUGUUCGAGACAUUCAACACACCCGCAAUGUACGUCGCCAUUCAGGCCGUACUCUCCCUGUACGCAUCUGGUCGUACAACUGGUAUCGUAUUGGAUACCGGAGAUGGUGUUACGCAUACAGUACCAAUCUACGAGGGUUAUGCGUUGCCACACGCCAUCCUUCGUUUGGACUUGGCCGGACGUGAUCUUACCGACUAUCUGAUGAAGAUCUUAACCGAACGUGGCUAUUCGUUCACGACGACAGCCGAGCGUGAGAUCGUUCGUGAUAUCAAGGAGAAACUGUGUUAUGUGGCGAUGGACUUUGAGCAGGAAAUGGCCACGGCUGCAUCGUCUUCUUCGUUGGAGAAGAGCUACGAAUUGCCCGACGGUCAAGUGAUCACAAUUGGAAACGAACGAUUCAGAUGUCCGGAGGCACUCUUCCAGCCUUCCUUCCUUGGAAUGGAAUCAUGUGGUAUUCACGAAACAACAUACAACAGCAUCAUGAAGUGCGAUGUAGAUAUCCGUAAGGAUCUCUACGCGAACACCGUUCUCUCAGGAGGUACCUCAAUGUUCCCGGGUAUUGCCGACCGUAUGCAAAAGGAGAUCACUGCUCUAGCACCAAGGCAAGUGUCUUGGGAAUAUUUCACUAUUUUGGUUCUAUUCACAUUCAGAUGUGCUAAUUUCUUAAAUCUGUUGAUCAUCGCUCCACCAGAGCGUAAGUACUCGGUCUGGAUUGGAGGUUCAAUUUUGGCCUCAUUAUCCACCUUCCAGCAAAUGUGGAUCUCAAAGCAAGAAUACGACGAAUCUGGUCCAUCGAUUGUGCACCGCAAGUGCUUCUAA